GGCCGUGGCUUGAGGCCACGCCGCCGGGGCGGUCGGUGUCCUUGGGGAGAGCCGUGCAGUGCCUUUCACACAGUGGCGUCGCAGGUGCCCGGUUCUGUGAUAGCAGCGGGUGCGAAGCUGGCUGGCAGCUCCUUCCUAAGAUGGUCCUCUCCAAGGUAGUCAAGCCACAUACUCCAUUAAUAAAGUUCCCAGACAGAAAAAGUGGUCCCAGACCUAAAAUACAGGAAUUUCUACAAGCAAGUAUGCCAUCUCCCCUUGCUUCAAAAGCACAGGAAUCUGUAGGAGGCAUAUCACUGGCCUUUCAAAAUAUUUCACCUGUUAGUAGAGUACAAGGUACACCAGACACUUCUGAAUUAACAAGAACCUUACCUCAGAAAUACAGAAGGAAACAAAUGUCAGAUGAAGAAAUUGAAUAUAUUCAACGUGGAGGUCCAGAAUAAAUGUAGAACAUAGUUUCUUGGCUGCUGUUGAAGAAUGAGGUAUUAUAUUCACAAUAAAGGCGUUUCUGUAAUACUAAAAAUUACUAUAUGCUAAUAGCUUUAUUAAAAUGCCAUAUGAUGGGUGAGAAGAUUGACACAACACACAAGAUACUGAUUUGUGAAUGAGAAGGAAUUUAUGAUGACGGCUAAUAGCAAUUGAAUACAUAUGAUGUCUGCACCAUUAAAGUAUUUUUCUAAUUAGCCAUUUGAAAAGUCA